CAGAAAGUCUGUCCCGGACUCCCAGUACAGUAGAUUCCAAGAUGGCUGCAAGCAAUUAUUAUGGAUUCACGCAUGGUGCCGGUCCUCAGUACAGCGUUCAGCCUCCACCAGCCUAUGCCCAUCCCACCACAGCCAGCUACAAUGUCCAGCCGGCCCCUGCCGUGGCCCAUGCAGUGACUGCCUCCUAUGCCCCUGCACAACCAGCCAGGCCCGUUGCCUCUGCCUACCCGGUGGCCUACCAGACCCACGCUACCCCCCCAGACUAUGGCUACCGGCAGCCGGACCCCACGCCCCAACCCACCACCACCCCACAGACAUACCAGCUACCGAUAUACACUGAAACGGAUAACUACAGUUACGGACGCCUGCCUGCAGCCACUAGUUAUGAGACUAAGCAAUACUACCAGACUAGUAUAGCUCCAGCUCAUCGGACACCAACAGAAGCUUACUACCAGACAGGCGUGAAGAGUGGCUACAGUCCAGUCAGCACAGUAUACAGCCAGCCGCCACCACCACAGACUUUAAAGCCUCUGGCCCCUGCCAGCUCAGCGUCCACCAGCUACAACAUCUACCCAGUGUCCACCAGUGUACAGCAGCCCCCCAUCUCGUCUUACACCCCCUGCUCGUCCUUCAGCUCCACAGCUGGCACCUACUCUGGCGUCAGCUACUCUACUUAUGAUUCAAGUGGCUACACUUCCACCCCCUCAUACUACCAGCCUGCCCAGCUACCUCAGCCCCAGCCGCCCCCCCAGCAGUCCCAUCCGCCUCCCAAGCAGCUCACCAGCUCCUCCUGGAGCAAUGCGGGCAGCAACAUGGUGGCUGCUCCCACGGUCAACGCCUACAAGAAGCCCAUGUUCCACCAGAACAAGCUUCAGAAGCCGAAAGCACCGCCCAAGCAACCCCAGCUGCACUACUGCGACAUCUGCAAGAUCAGCUGUGCUGGACCGCAGACGUACCGAGAGCACCUCGAGGGCCAGAAGCACAAGAAGAAGGAUGCAGCUCUGAAGUCUGGCAGCGCGGGGGGGAGCAACGGGCCCCGGGGGAUUCAGACCCAGCUACGCUGUGAACUAUGUGACAUUGCCUGCACUGGCGUAGACGCGUACGCUGCCCAUAUCCGAGGGGCCAAGCACCAGAAGGUGGUGAAGCUCCACACCAAACUAGGCAAACCUAUACCUUCAACUGAGCCUGUUUUAGUGAACAAUGCUCCAAUUAUCUCAACGUCGACCGCUGGGAAGACAACCCCUAUCAUUGUUACGGCAACUGCUCCGGUAGCGCCACCCAAACUGGUGGUCGUAAACGCCACCAAGGCCCCAGCACCUGUGAAGAAGCCAGUCGCACCCAAAAUAACCCUUCUUGCCAACAAGCCGGCCACCCCUCCAGUAUUCAAGGAGAAUGAAGCCAAGCAGUCAGCAACAGCGUCAAAGAGUGAGACCACGAGUGACGAUGAGGACGGGGAUGGAGUGGGGAGGCAGGGCGACGUCCAGCCUGUAGGACAUGACUAUGUGGAGGAGGUGCGUAAUGAUGAUGGGAAGGUAAUUCGCUUCCACUGUAAACUCUGUGAAUGCAGUUUCAAUGACCCCAAUGCUAAAGACAUGCACCUGAAGGGACGCAGGCACCGGCUGCAGUACAAGAAGAAGGUGAACCCAGAGCUGCCGGUGGAGAUCAAGCCCAGUAAUCGGGCCAGGAAGCUGCAAGAGGGCAAACUGAGGAAGCAGAAGGCUGUGCUGAAGAGACAGCGGGAUGACGAGCAGCGCUGGCACUUGGAGAUGAGGUCAGAGCCAGAUGGCAGCUGGCACACAGAGAUGAGCCGCUAUGAGGAGGACAUGUACUGGAGGAGGAGGGAGGAGGAGCAGUUGUACUGGGGGGAGCAGAGGCACAUGAUGGCCCCCCCUCCACUCAUGAGCCGGCCCGGCAUGCCAGUUCCCCCCCUACUGCAGCCUGUGCGUCGGCCGGACUCCCCAGACGACCGUCACAUCAUGGCCAAACAUUCCACCAUCUACCCUGUGGAGGAGGAGUUGCAGGCGGUGCAGAGGAUUGUCUCCCACACUGAGAGAGCCCUCAAACUGGUGUCUGUCUCCCUGCUGGAGAAAGAGCCUCCGUCGGCUGCUCCGUCGGCUGCUACAGAGGCUGCUACAGAGGCUGAUGCUGGAGAGAAAGGACCGGACAACCAGGCGGCCCGUAUGCUGAAGGGGGUGAUGAGGGUGGGCAUCCUGGCCAAGGGUCUGCUGCUACAUGGGGAUAGGAACAUGGAGCUCAUUCUGCUGGCUGCCAAGAAGCCCACCCUCUCUCUGCUGAAGGACAUUGCUGAGCAGCUGCCCAAAGAAAUGGCGCCAUUUUCUGAAGAUCAGUAUGAGGUGAAGGCUCACCCUGAGGAAGCCAACAUCGUGAUUUUUUCGAGCAAGGAGCCAAAAAUGCAGGUCACCAUCUCUCUAACCUCGCCACUGAUGAGGGAGGACCCUGCCCCUGACAAGGAGGAAAAGGCAGGAGACAAAGCGGCUGAGAAAGAUAUGCCCCAUGAAACCAUGACAACAAUGGAAGUACUGAGCUAUGUGAAGAUGAUGCCCAGGGUUAAGGGGGUGCCUGAGAAAGACCCUGCUGAUGUUCUGAACCAGAACAAGUGCCUGGAAUACCUAGCUGCUCUGAGACACGCCAAGUGGUUCCAGGCUCGUGCCAAUGGUCUUCAGUCCUGUGUGAUCAUCAUUAGAGUGUUACGGGAUCUUUGCCAGCGAGUGCCAACCUGGGGCAAGAUGCCAUCCUGGGCUAUGGAGCUGCUGGUAGAGAAGGCCAUCAGCAGUGCCACAGGGCCCCUCAGCCCAGGGGAAGCCAUGCGUAGGGUCCUGGAAUGUAUCGCUACUGGCAUCCUACUGCCAGACGGUCCUGGGCUGCUGGACCCCUGUGAGAAACACCAAACCGAUGCUCUGUGGAGCAUGACCAAACAAGCCAGGGAAGACAUUACUGCCAGCGCACAGCAUGCUCUGCGACUGCUGGCGUUCCGUCAGAUCCACAAGGUUCUGGGGAUGGACUCCCUGCCGGCGUCCAAGGCCAGCGCUCGGAACCGCAAGCGCAGAAGGGACGGGAGCGAGACUGGAGAGGGGGAGGUCAAGAAAGACAAGAAGGAGGAUACAGAAGAGGUGGAUGCUUGAUCUCUGACAGAGCAGUGUUAGCUUGGAUGGCUGUCUGGUUUUGCUUCUAAUGUUGGCAUGAUAAUGAUAGAGUAAAACAAACAUAUCAGCACCCAGGCUAUAGCAGGUUAAUCGUCUAUACUGGCAGAAUGUCACAUCCUUUACAUAUAUUUUUAAUUUUCAGAAUCUAUAUGAAUAUAACUGACUUAGUUGUAACAUUUAUGUCUCCACUAGAGGGAAUGGGAUAGGAAAGGUAAAGAUGAUUUACUCUUAAAAUUGUGCUGAAAAUUGGCUUUAACGUCAGACUGACUUACUGAGGUUUCUAGGAGCUAAUGACUGAUAGUCUGGUCCCAGAUCUGUAUGUGCUUCAUGACAACAAUCAUCAGAGGAGUUUGCUAAAGCACAUACUGAUCUGGAACCAGGCUAAAUGAUUGCAUCAUUCCAUUUCCAGAAUAUUUGCCCACUCAACUUCUGAAGCCCUCCCAUUUACAGUACUUGUACCAACCACUGUUCCUUACAUUGUUUUGUAUGUACUGUAAGGACUUUUUCCCCCUGCUUUUCUUAUUGAAGAGAAGAUGUAAUAAUUUACUGUACAGGCCAGUUAUAUACUGAAGACUGCAGGAGUUACUAAUUUAGGUACAUAUAUUGGGUUUAUUUUCAUCCUGCCCACAGCUGGCAGCACCCAAAUAAUCAUCACUUCAGAGCGCAGCUGCACAGGACCAGAUCGUAAUGCCCAUGGUCAAUUUGGUUUGACAUUCGAUAUCGCUAUGGGGUUAGUUAGGGACCAUCAGUAAAUUACACAAUGUACAUGGGACAACAUUUAAAAAUAUCAAUAGCUCCAAAUUUCAAUGACUUGACAUCAAACCAACUAUACAUUUUAGAAAUUAAUAUACAAAUAUUGAAAUAAUUUAAAGAGAACAGGUGUGCAACAUGAAGUUAUUGUCUCAUUUACAUUGUGUAAUUUAUUGACAGUCCCUAACUAGCUCCACAGACAGGCAAUCCAAAGUCAACCCAAUUUUGCCACAGUUGCACACCAGGCGGCUGAAGCGGCUUGGUGAAAGAAGUUGGCUAACUUACUAGCAAGACUACUUUGAGACAUGGUUAGACUGUUUCAAGUUAUCUAGAAGGGUGAGUGAAUGUAACUGUACUGUUUUGGCAUAGUAAAAGUACAAAUACUUCCCAUGUUCAAACACAGACGAGUAACCCACAUCAAAGCACGCCUCUGAAACCGUUCUGUCGCAUUUCCUAAUGAGACUUGAAACCAAGUUCAGCCCCCCUUUAAAGACCGAUGUUAGUACAUUAAAGUACGUUUUAAAAAUGUACAGUUCAUUGUGCCAAAAUUGCAGGCAAUGACAAAUAAAAUGCUAAAGCUGUAAAGAAACACUCUGAAGACAGCGCUUUGAAAAGCACUCUCUCUGUGUAGUCUAAAGAUGUCUAUAAAUUUGUCAGACACCUGGGGAAAAAAAUCUGCAUUUUUGAAGAUGUGAUUGAUUGCACCACAAAACGCUUUUAAGGAAAUCACAGGGUUCUAGAAUAUGUUUUGUUUAAGAGGAGUUGACAGAUCGCUCCUAUGUUGCACAGUCUGUCUAGCAUGCUAUGAGAAUAAAGCUCUUAUGAAAUGA